UUCACUUGAUCUCCUUUUCAUUUUCCCCUUUAUUUCGCCGUCAGUCCCUGGCGCCAGCGCUCGCUUCGCCGGGCCCGCGAUGGGGCGGUGAUGAUGGCAGCGCAAGUCGCAGCGACUCCGGCGGGUGCGAACAAGAGCAAGGGCAAAGCCCCGAGCCCGGGGGCCGGAGAGGGGAGCCCGGCGGCCGGCAGCGGCGGCGGCGCCGUGAAUAAUGUAGAUCCCCAUCUCCACCACCGCCACGGCGCGAACAUGGCCAAUAACGCGUCUCCCGCCGGUAACAACGGCGCCGGCGGCGGCUCCUCUUCGGAGCCGGCUCUGAAAGAAGGCGGCAGCUCCUCUGCGUUAUCUUCUUCGUCUUCUUCUUCCUCCUCCUCCUCCUCCUCCUCCAACCCGGCCAUGGAGACGGGGCUGCUCCCCAACCACAAGCUGAAGAGCGUCGGAGGCGAUCGCCCCGCCGCGCCGCCCCACCACCACCACCAUGCCCACCAUCACCAUGCCCACCACCACCACCGUGCCCACCACCACCACCACCACCACCACCAUGCACUACAGCAGCAGCUAAAUCAAUUCCCGCCGCCGCCGCCGCCUCAGCACCAUCCCGUGCAGAAUAACAACAACAGCGGCAGCCUCGGCGGCGGCAACAACAACGGCGGCGGUGGCGGCGCUGCUCAGCCCGGCGCAGACAUGGAGCAGCAGCAACAUGGAGGCAAAGACAGUGUUUUGGGCGCUCAGGCCGAGCCCCCCCAGCCGCCGCAGCCAGCGCUGAAUAAAAGCGCCGACGAGGAGGAGAUGCCCGGCAAGAUGGGCGAGCCCGGCGGCGGCGGCGGCCGCUACGACCACCCCGGCUUGGGACCCCUGGGCGGACAGCAGCAGCCGCAGCAGCAGCAGCCGCCCCCGAGCGCCGGGAGCGGCGGGGGAGGCGGCGGCGGCCCCUCCGCGGUGGGUGUCUCGGAGUUCAAUAGCUAUUAUGGCAGCGCCGCUGCCCCCGCCGGCAGCGCUGCCGCCGGCCGCGCCGGGCCUUGCUUUGAUCAACAUGGCGGACAACAAAGCCCCGGGAUGGGGAUAAUGCACCCCGCGGCGGCCCCCAACGCCAUGGACCCCCUGCAAAACUCCCACGAAGGGUACCCCAACAGCCAGUACAACCACUACCCGGGCUACGGCCGCGGCGCGGGAGCCGCGGCGGGCGGCGGGGCGGGCGGCGGCUACGGGGGCUCGGCGGCGGGGUACGGGGUGCUGAGCGCCCCGCGGCAGCCGGGCGGCGGCAUCAUGAUGGGCCCCGGCAAGGCGGCCGGCGGAGCGGCGGCCGGCGGCUUCGCGCGGUUCUCCGGGCAGAGCCAGCACCCGUCCGGGGCCACCCCUACCUUGAACCAGCUGCUCACGUCCCCCAGCCCCAUGAUGCGGAGCUACGGCAGCGGAUACCCCGACUACGGCGGCCCCGGCGCCCCGCCGCAGCCCCAGCCGCAGCCCCAGCCCGCGGCGGCCGCCCCGGGCGGACAGCAGGCAGCGGGCAUGGGCAUGGGCAAGGACAUGGGCGCCCAGUACGGAGCGGCGAACCCGGCCUGGGCGGCGGCGCAACAAAGGAACCAUCCGGCGAUGAGCCCCGGCAGCACCGGCCAGGCCAUCGGCAGGACCCAGGGCAGUUCAAUGGAUCCAAUGGUCAUGAAGAGACCUCAGUUGUACGGCAUGGGCAAUAACCCUCACUCUCAGGCGCAGCAGAGCAGCCCCUACCCGGGGCAGUCCUACGGCCCUCCCGGCCCUCAGCGCUAUCCCGUGGGAAUGCAGGGCCGAGCCCCGGCAGCCAUGGGAGGAAUGCAGUAUCCACAGCAACAGAUACCACCUCAGUAUGGUCAGCAAGGUGUAAGUGGCUACUGCCAGCAGGGUCAACAGCCGUACUACAACCAGCAGCCGCAGCCUCAGCAUCUGCCACCCCAGGCCCAGUAUCUGUCGCAGGCCCAGCAGAGGUACCAGGCUCAGCAGGACAUGUCUCAGGAAGGCUAUGGAACCAGAUCUCAACCCCCUAUGGCCCCAGGAAAGCCUAACCAUGAAGACUUGAAUCUAAUCCAGCAAGAAAGACCAUCGAGCUUACCAGUUGAAGUCUUGGCCUCCGAGGAUGCUACAUUUGGACACAAGGAUUUAUCUGGAUCCAUUGAUGACUUGCCGACUGGAACUGAAGCAACUCUGAGCUCAGCUGUUAGCGCAUCAGGCUCUACAAGCAGCCAAGGGGAGCAGAGCAACCCUGCACAGUCUCCGUUCUCCCCUCAUGCUUCUCCACAUCUCUCUGGCAUCCCUGGGGGCCCAUCGCCUUCACCUGUAGGCUCUCCUGUUGGAAGCAACCAGUCAAGAUCUGGUCCCAUUUCUCCGGCGAGUAUUCCAGGCAGUCAGAUGCCACCGCAGCCUCCUGGCAGCCAGUCAGAAUCCAGCUCCCACCCUGCCUUGAGCCAGUCACCAAUGCCACAGGACCGAGGUUUUAUGGCAGGCAUACAGAGGAACCCCCAAAUGUCACAGUAUGGACCUCAGCAAACUGGACCUUCCAUGUCACCACACCCGUCACCUGGAGGCCAAGUGCAUCCUGGAAUCGGUAGCUUUCAGCAGAGUAAUUCAAGUGGUGCUUAUGGGCCUCAGAUGAGCCAGUAUGGACCACAAGGAAACUACUCUAGACCACCGACAUACAGCGGUGUGCCCAACACAAGUUACAGUGGCCCAGGACCCGGCAUGGGUAUAAAUGCCAACAGUCAGAUGCAUGGACAGGGGCCAAGCCAGCCUUGUGGUACCAUGCCCCUGGGACGGAUGCCAUCAGCUGGGAUGCAGAGCCGACCAUUUCCUGGAAAUAUGAGCAGUAUGACCCCAAAUUCUCCUGGCAUGUCUCAGCAGGGCGGCCCUGGGAUGGGCCCACCCAUGCCAACUGUGAACCGUAAGGCACAGGAGGCAGCUGCUGCAGUGAUGCAGGCUGCUGCAAACUCCGCUCAGAGCAGGCAAGGCAAUUUUCCUGCCAUGAAUCAGAGUGGUAUUAUGGGAUCCAGCUCUCCCUACACUCAGCCGAUGAACAACAGCUCUGGCUUGAUGAACCCACAGGCUCCUCCUUACAGCAUGGCACCUAACAUGGUGAACAGUUCGACAGGUAAUGCACCUAUGGGUCUUGCAGAUAUGAUGACACCCGGUGAGUCCAAACUACCCCUUCCUCUCAAAGCAGAUGGCAAAGAAGAAGGACCCCCCCAACCCGAGAGCAAGUCAAAGGAUAGCUACAGCUCUCAGGGUAUUUCUCAGCCCCCAACCCCAGGCAACCUGCCAGUCCCUUCCCCAAUGUCCCCAAGCUCUGCUAGCAUCUCCUCAUUUCAUGGAGAUGAAAGUGAUAGCAUUAGCAGCCCAGGCUGGCCAAAGACUCCAUCAAGCCCUAAAUCAAGUUCCUCUACCACAACUGGAGAGAAGAUCACAAAGGUCUAUGAACUAGGAAAUGAGCCGGAGCGCAAGAUGUGGGUAGAUCGGUACCUCACGUUCAUGGAGGAGAGGGGCACACCUGUGGCCAGUCUGCCAGCUGUAGGCAAGAAGCCUCUGGACCUGUUCAGGCUCUAUGUCUGUGUCAAAGAGAUUGGAGGUUUAGCACAGGUUAAUAAAAACAAGAAGUGGCGUGAACUGGCAACCACCUUGAACGUGGGCACUUCGAGCAGCGCAGCCAGCUCCCUGAAAAAACAAUACAUUCAGUACCUGUUUGCCUUCGAGUGCAAGACUGAGCGAGGGGAGGAGCCCCCUCCAGAAGUCUUCAGCACUGGAGAUACUAAGAAACAACCUAAGAUUCAGCCGCCAUCUCCUGCUAAUUCUGGUUCCUUGCAAGGCCCACAGACUCCACAGUCUACUGGUAGUAAUUCCAUGACAGAAGUGCCAGGCGAUUUGAAGCCCCCAACACCAGCAUCAACACCUCAUGGACAGAUGACACCUAUGCAGGGUGGCAGAAACAGCGCAGUUAGUGUGCAUGAUCCCUUUUCUGAUGUAAGUGAUUCAGCAUUCCCGAAGAGAAACUCCAUGACGCCAAAUGCACCGUACCAGCAGGGAAUAAACAUGCCAGAUAUGAUGGGAAGGAUGCCAUAUGAGCCGAAUAAAGAUCCUUUCGGUGGAAUGAGAAAAGUGCCUGGAAGCAAUGAGCCUUUCAUGACCCCUGGACAAAUGCCUAACAGUGGAAUACAAGAUAUGUAUAACCAGAGUCCAUCUGGAGCAAUGUCCAACAUGAGCAUGAGCCAGCGACAGCAAUUCUCUUAUGGAAGUGGCUAUGACAGGAGGCAUGAACCAUAUGGGCAGCAGUAUCCAGGACAAGGACCUCCCUCAGGACAGCCACCAUAUGGAGGACAUCAACCUGGAAUGUAUCCACAGCAGCAGAACUACAAGCGACACAUGGAUGGCAUGUAUGGGCCUCCAGCCAAACGCCAUGAAGGGGAUAUGUAUAACAUGCAGUAUGGCAACCAGCAACAGGAAAUGUAUAACCAGUACAGCAAUGCUUACACAGGGCCUGACAGGAGGCCCAUGCAGGGACAGUAUCCGUAUCCAUAUAACAGGGAGAGGAUGCAGGGCCCAGGACAAAUGCAGCAGCACGGAAUACCUCCCCAGAUGAUUGGUGGCCCCAUGCAGUCAUCAUCCUCCAGCGAAGGUCCUCAGCAGAAUAUGUGGCCAACAAGAAAUGAUAUGCCUUAUCCUUACCAGAACAGGCAAGGUCCAGGAGGCCCUGCGCAGGCCCCACCGUAUCCAGGGAUGAAUCGCACUGAUGAUAUGAUGGUACCUGACCAGAGGAUAAACCACGAGAGUCAGUGGCCUUCUCACGUCAACCAACGUCAGCCUUCUUAUAUGUCAUCCUCAGCCUCCAUGCAGCCUAUCACUAGACCUCCUCAGUCAUCCUACCAGACUCCACCCUCUAUGCCAAACCACAUCUCUAGAGCUCCAAGUCCAGCAUCCUUCCAGCGUUCUUUGGAAAACCGUAUGUCUCCAAGCAAGUCUCCUUUCCUACCUUCCAUGAAGAUGCAAAAGGUUAUACCCACAGUUCCAGUGUCACAGGUCACAGGACCUCCACCCCAACCACCACCAAUUAGGCGAGAAAUUACCUUCCCCCCAGGCUCUGUAGAAGCAUCCCAACCAGUCUUAAAACCAAGACGAAAGAUUACCUCAAAAGAUAUUGUAACUCCCGAGGCCUGGAGAGUGAUGAUGUCUCUUAAAUCUGGUCUUUUGGCUGAAAGUACCUGGGCGCUAGACACUAUUAAUAUUCUUCUGUAUGAUGACAGCACUGUCGCUACUUUCAACCUCUCUCAGUUGUCUGGAUUUCUUGAGCUUUUAGUAGAAUAUUUUAGAAAAUGCCUGAUUGACAUUUUUGGAAUCCUUAUGGAAUAUGAAGUGGGAGAUCCAGGCCACAAAGCACUUGAUCACAAAGCAGCCAAGAAAGACGAUAGCCAGUCCUUGGCAGAGGAUACUGGAAAAGAGAAUGAUGAAUGUAUUGACUAUUUUGAUGAAGAUGAGGAGGAGGGGGAGGAUGAAAAGCUAGAAGGAGAAGAGAAGAGCAUUGUUUUUUCCACUCCUGGUGCCAUUGCUGAUCCAAGCGAGAGGCCAAAACAAGCCAGUAAAUUUGACAAGCUGCCAAUAAAGAUUGUAAAGAAAAAUAAUCUAUUUGUUGUUGACCGAUCUGACAAACUUGGACGUGUUCAGGAAUUUGAUAGUGGACUUCUCCACUGGCAGCUUGGUGGUGGUGACACAACUGAGCACAUCCAGACUCACUUUGAAAGCAAGAUGGAGAUUCCUCCCCGCAGAAAAGCGCCUCCUCCCUUGAACUCUCCAAGCAAAAAGAAGGACCUCGAGGGGAAAGGUGAAUCUGAGGAACAACAAGAAAAAAGUAUAACAGCAACCAUUGAUGAUGUCCUCUCAGCUCGGCCAGGAGCACUGCCCGAAGACUCAAACUCUGGUUCCCAAACAGAGAGCAGUAAAUUUCCCUUUGGGAUCCAUCAAGCCAAAAGCCACCGGAAUAUUAAACUGCUAGAGGAUGAGCCAAGGAGCCGGGAUGAGACUCCUCUAUGCACCAUAACUCACUGGCAAGACUCCUUGGCCAAACGCUGCAUCUGUGUGUCAAAUAUCGUCCGUAGCUUGUCUUUUGUGCCUGGCAAUGACACCGAAAUGUCCAAACAUCCAGGCUUGGUGCUGAUCCUGGGAAAGUUGAUCCUUCUUCACCAUGAGCAUCCAGAAAGAAAGCGAGCACCGCAGACUUACGAGAAGGAGGAAGAGGAGGACAAAGGGGUGGCCUGCAGCAAGGAUGAGUGGUGGUGGGACUGCCUCGAGGUCUUGAGGGAUAAUACAUUGGUCACAUUAGCCAACAUUUCUGGGCAGCUAGACUUGUCUGCUUACACGGAAAGCAUCUGUUUGCCAAUUUUGGAUGGCUUGCUGCACUGGAUGGUGUGCCCGUCUGCGGAGGCACAGGAUCCUUUUCCAACCGUGGGGCCCAACUCGGUUCUUUCGCCUCAGAGACUUGUGCUGGAGACCCUGUGUAAGCUCAGUAUCCAGGACAAUAAUGUGGACCUUAUCUUGGCCACCCCCCCAUUCAGUCGUCAGGAGAAACUCUACGCUACUUUAGUUAGGUACGUUGGGGACCGCAAAAACCCGGUCUGCCGAGAAAUGUCCAUGGCGCUCUUAUCGAACCUUGCCCAGGGGGACACACUAGCAGCAAGGGCAAUAGCUGUGCAGAAGGGAAGCAUCGGAAACUUGAUAAGCUUCCUGGAGGAUGGGGUCACUAUGGCCCAGUACCAGCAGAGCCAGCAUAACCUCAUGCACAUGCAGCCUCCACCUCUGGAGCCACCUAGCGUAGACAUGAUGUGCAGGGCAGCCAAGGCCUUGCUGGCCAUGGCUAGAGUGGACGAGAACCGCUCAGAGUUCCUUUUGCACGAGGGUCGUUUGCUGGAUAUCUCAAUAUCUGCUGUCCUGAACUCUCUGGUUGCAUCUGUCAUCUGUGAUGUACUUUUUCAGAUUGGGCAGUUAUGACAUAAGUGAGAAGCCAAGCAUGUGUGAGUGGAGAUUAGAGGGUCACAUAUAACUGGUUGUUUUCUGUUCUUGUUUAUCCAACGUAGGAAGAAGGAAAAAAAAAAAAGAA